AUGGACGAAGCUGCGAAAAUAGAUCAAGAUGCGAAAGAUCUGUACCUUAGAAUCCUUGAGAACCGCCAGGACCAGCUUUCGUAUCAAAAUUUUAGUCAGGAUGUACUGAAUGCGACCGUCCAUAUUGCCGCUGCCAAUGGUGAAGACGAUGUUGUCAGGAAGCUACUAGAUCAGUCCGAAGCCAGCCCUACCUCAUUAGACAAGGACGGGAAAACGCCUCUACACCAUGCUGCCGCCGGAGGACACUGCGGGGUGAUAAAAAUAUUGCUAGAGAGGGGCAAUGCACAACAAAGAUACUACAUUGAUACAAUAGACAACGCCAAGAAGGGCAAAGUGGCCCUCUACUACUCUGCGUCGGGCGGCCACGGGGAUGCCACCAAGCUUCUAAUAGCGGAGGGCGCAAAUUUGGAUGUCCGAAACGACUAUGGGCAAACCCUACUCCAUCAAUUGGCGGAGUCUGGGAAUGAAAUGGCGGUUCGAUUCCUAUUCGAGCAGCUUAGAAUACCGAGCAUCGACCUUGAGGAUAAUCUGUUAAACACGCCUUUAUAUGCUGCCGUUAAGCGGGGCCGUGCCUCAAUGGCUCGCUUGCUUGUCGAAUACGGAGCGAAUAAGAAUGUGAAAGACAAAGAUGGUGAAACCAUGUUCCAUAAGGCUUCAAGGACCGGGGAUACUAGAGCUAUCCAACCAUUGCUGGAGAUCGGGUUAGACCCAUUCGCACUGACCAAUAAAGGUGAAAAUGUACUAUACACUGCAGCACGACAGAAGCAAGAGGGGUUUAUGAAGGAAUUGCUUACAGUCAUAAUCUCAAAACAUGGUAUUACUGGAAAAGCUCUGUUCUGCGCGCGAGAAGAUGACCCCAGUCGCUGGGGCCUCCUUCACCAGGCGGCGAGUCAAGGCUGCCUCGAUACCAUCAAAGCCCUUUUAUCUGUCGCCGAAGAAGCUGGAGUUGGGUUGGAUAUUAACGAACUUGACAGCCUCGGUCGGCCGCCUUUAUACCUUGCAGCCGAGACUGGAUGCCACAAGAUUGUUGAGUUAUUGGAGGCUCGAGGAGCAAAGGUUGACAUCCUCGACGCCCGGGGCCGAACGUUCCUUCACCGCGCCAUUCGUGAAGGCAACGUGGCUGCCGCGGAUAUCUUCGCAACACGCGAAACCAGUCCGAACCUCAAUAGUAUCAAAGACAAUGAUGGAAACAUCCCUCUACAUCUUGCCGGCGAAAACGCCUACGAAGCCGUCAAAAGCCUGUUGAAAAAAGAAUUGGGGUCGUACCUCACCCAACGCAAUACGUUGGGUCGGAACCCUCUGCACGAGGUUGCAGCAAGUAAUGAUAGUGCAGCGCGAAUUUUGGGGUUAUAUCUCCAAUACGGAAAGCCCCUAUGGCUAAGAUAUUUCAAGGAUGGAAACGAUGAAAACGCUCUUCAUCUUGCGGUAUUGAAGGGUAAUAUUCAAAUGGUUCGCCAGCUUCUUCAUCCUGACCGUCUAGCCAAAAAACAGAUCGAAGCGAAGGAUAAGGCUCUCGAAACUGCUUUGCACAAGGCAGCAAGGUACGGUUAUGUUGCCAUCGUUCAGCUACUCCUCGAGAAGGGGUCUAGUGAAGUAGAGCGUGACAUAAGAGGAAGAAUACCUUUACACACAGCCGCUAGAGGUGGAAAGAGUGAGGUUGUCAAAGUCUUUAAGUUCCGGGUCGGUCUAACCAACGAAAAUGUAAAGGUUACUUGGGAGGAAUAUGAAGCGUUCAAAGAUAAUGAUCACAAGACACCAUACGAGCUUGCAGUCGAGUCCGAAGAUGAAGCUACAAUCGAGUUAUUCAGCAAACCCCGCGAUCCCAACGAUACGUCCGCCGAAGCUACCUGUGAAAGUAGCCAAAAAGAGGUGCUACCACCUCAACAUGGAGCGGAACAAGACAAUGAACCGGACUCGGUACAGGAGGCUCCCAAGGAAUCGGAGCGUGAACAAACACCGGAGCGGGAGACAAUUAAUGGAUCGCAGGAACAGGGCCAGGACCGAGCUAGCACUAAACGGGAGAAUAGCUCAGAAGGUUUAGCUCACCAGACUAGCGGCUUAGGGAUAGUCUCGAGUCCAGGUCCCGCUGAGCGACAACCGCCGCAACACAUAAUUGACAACGCCAUUCCAAGCCGUAGCCCCGAGGACGUCGACGAUUUUACCCCAACAGAGGAAGCAGGAUUGCCUCCUACGGUUAUCGUUAGCCAAUCUCCAGGUGAUGAUCCUCCGAUUGGUGAAACGGACAACGGUAAUAACCUGGACGAGCUUUCUUCUGAUAAGGAUUCAACUUCUAAUGGCCACAAGAAUACGCCUAUCCGCGAGAAGCAAGGCAGGGAGGGUCCUCCUGAAAAAUUGGAUGUCAAGCCGGAUUACCUUGAGAAUAUAAAAGUCUCUAAUCCUCGACCCAUUCUAGAUGUUGAAGAGCCUAGGCUUGAAGAUCCUGAAAAUACAAACGCGAUCGCGAGCCAUAGCCAGGAAGAUAAGGACCGCUCGGGAACGGACGAUGAAAAGCCUAUUACCCAAGAAGACUCCACAGAGGAUAACCAAGUGGAUGUGAAUAACUCCACUGAAGGACGCUCCAGUGAUGGCGAUUCCACCAAGGAAGCGCAAGCCCCCGAGACUACAGGAGCUACUACAAAUAUUUCAUCCCAUAAGGAGAACACAGUCACGUAUCCCAUCAGCGAUAACCCUGAAGCACUAAAAGAUAUCGCUGAAAACUCCCCAAGCGGCUAUGAUCCUAUUGAAAUUUCAAAGGGUGUCGUUGGCUCUGAGAGUGCUGGCGAUUUUAUAAACGCUGGUAGUCCCUCGGUCUAUUCCCCUCCACGUAGCGACGAAAUUCCUAAAAAGCCCGUCAUCGACGUCAACGGUGAACCCAAGCCUGAGGCGACUCUAGAGCUUGAAGUUGGACCUGAGGCUACCAAAGAAGAAAAUCUCUCUGGCGAAAACUUUCCACACGAUAGCUACGGCCCUUCCGAAAGCGUUUUAAAUCCUAGCCACGAUUUAACAGACGUUAAUCUAAAAACUGGAGAGACAAACUCUACUCCCGUCCGUGGUAAUAUUCCUGAAAGUAUCAGUGGUGGCCCUGCGAGUACCGUUGAGGCUGGGCAGCUUCCAAAUCCGAGCCCCGAGGACCACCUUAGUGAUUCCGCGAGAUCCGAACCCGUUGAUUAUGCUGGGUCGGAGAAAACUGCUGAACCGGAGCAAAUCACCCCCACUGGACUAGACCACCUUAAUACUCCUGGGUCACACCACAUUGGUUCUGCUGGAAAAACUCACGUUGAUUCACAAAUGGACACCGCUGAGUUAGAUAAGAUUAAGUUUCCUAGGCCAGCGAGCGUUGCCUCUGCUGGAAUGCAACAUGUCAAUUCCGCUGAAAUGGAAAAUAUUGAUCCCGUCGGGCCAGGACCAAUUGGUUCUCCGGAAACAGAACAGAAAGACUCUGUUGAAGCAGAACCCACAGGUUCCGCUGCAUCAAGAGAAAUCAGUGGACCAGAGCGCACUGGUUUUAUGGGAUUAGAUGGCAAAAGCUCUUCUGGGUCAAAUUAUCUCGAAUUUGAUGAAGUAGAUACCGAUUUCGCUGAACCACAAAAUAAUAUUGAUUUAGUCGGACCAGCCAGAGCUAGUCAUGCUGGGGUUGAGCGAAGUGAUUCUGCUGAAUCGGAACCCACAAAUUCCACUAGACCAAUACAACCCAGUCUACCAAAGCACAUUGAUUCUAUUGAAUCAAAUGAUGGUAACUCUUCUAAAUCAGAGUGUCUUGAUACCGAUGAAAUAGAGAGUACCGACUCCGCCGAAAUAUUAACACAAAAUAUCGAUUCCGCUGGGCCUGAGGAAUCGGAAAUUAGUUCUCCUACGGUUGAGCAAAGCAAUUAUGUUGAAUCGGGACCUAUGGGUUCCACUGAAUCAGUACACAUCACCGAACCAGAGCCCACGGGUCCGAUCGGAUCAGAAGACGUCGACGGUAGCUCUGCUAGAUCAGAGGACCUCGAUCCCGAUGAAAUUGAAUACACCGAUCCCGCUGAAGCACGAAAUAUGGAUCCCGCUGAACCAGAGAAAAUUGAUUCUCCCAGGGUGGAGGAAAGCGACCCUACUAAAUCAGAACUCAUAGACUCUGUUGGAUCAGUACACACCGCUGAAACGCAAAAUACGGGUAUCGCUGGACCAAAGCAAAUCGACCCCCACGGGGAAGAACCAAAUGAUUCUGCUACAUCAGAACUCAUAGAUUGCCCUACACCAGAGCUCAUUGGUUCGACCGGGUCAGGAGGCGGUAACUAUCCUAGAUCAGAGUACCUUGACUCUGGUGAAAUAGAUCAAGCCGAUCCCACUAAAACACAGAUUAUUCAUCCCCCACAACCAGAACACGGCGAUUCUACGUCUAGACCAAAGCACAUUGAGCUUGCCAGAGUAGAACAAAGUGAUCCUGCUGAGCCAGAAUCCAUAGAUUUGGCCGGUUCGGUGCGCAUCGCUGAACCAAAGCCUACCGACCCUACUACAUCAGAUUAUAUUAACUCUGCUGGAUCAAAUAACAUUAAUUCCGCUGAAAUCGAACAAAUUAAUUCCGCUGAAACGAAAGAUAUUGAUUCGGCUAGAAUAGAAAAGGGCGACUAUGGUGAACCAGAACCUAUAGAUCUCGCUAGCUCCGCUGAGUCGGAGCGCAUUGCUGGACCAGAGCACAUCAACCCCGCCACAUCAGAUCACAUUAAAUCUAUCAGACCGGAUCACAGUGGUCCUGAUGGAGUAGAUAUCGUUGAUUCCACUGAAUCAGGGCAAACUGCUGGACCAGAUGACAUCGGCUCCCCUAUAUCAGAUGACAUUGACUUUGCUGGGCCACGGCAAAUUGAUUCCACCGGAGUAGAACGUGCUAAUUCCUCUGAAACACAAAAUCAUGUUUCCAUUGGACUAGAGCAUAGUAAUACUGGUGGAUCAGAAGUCAAGGAAUCUCCUGAAUCGGGGAACAUUAUCGGAUCAGAGCGCAUCGCUGUGCCGGAGGAAAUUGUCUCCCCUGAAUUAGACCGUGUUAGCUCUGAUGGAUCAGAGGAUAUUGAAUCCGCUAGAUCAGAUUGCAACUAUGCUGGAUCGAAGCACGCUAAUUCAACUGGAACGGGACAAAGCGAUCUUGAUGGAACAACCCCUGAUGGUGACCCAACUACACCAGAAAUUAUCGAUUCCAGUAGAAUAGAAUAUUUUGAUUCAGCUCCUAAAAUUGAACAAGAUGAUUCUGCCGGGAUGGGAUCUGUUGACUCAGCUGGAUCAAAUCAUACCGAUUCUAAUAAUAUAGAACAUGUUGAUUCUACCGGAUUAGAGCACGCCGUCGGUCUAAAGGGUAUUGGUUCUACUGAACUAGAACGCACAUACUCUGCUGGAUCAGAACAUAGCAAUUAUUCUCCUGAGCUAGAGCACAUUGAUCCCGCUGAAAGAGAGCGCGACGGUUCCGUUGAAACGGAAUCUAUUCUCCUUCCUGCUGAAACAGAGGAUAUUAUGCCCACUGGAACAGGAAAUAACGACGCUGCCUCAGCAGAACAUAUGAAUUUCGCUCAAUCAGAUCACAAUGAUUCAAGCGAUGACGAUUCUCUCUGUGAUAAGUCAAGCUCUGAUUCGCAGGGAAAUUGCGGAGAAAACUCACAAAAUACCCCCAUACCCAACCCUCUCGACAUAAAUAGAACCAACUCACCAAUCAAACUUCGUCACGAAAAUAGCAAUGCUACGGACAGCCUAGUCUCGUCCCCAGAGGACAGCCUUGUUGACGGCUCUCCUACAGCUCCUUCUUUUAGCGCUCCUAGUGAUACUGCUGUAGCUAGUGGAACCGUUCCCGUCGACAACGUAAAAAAUACGCCCGAACCUACCGAUCUAAGUGAGAUUAGCAUGCCGACUAGUCCAUCUACCAAAAAUUCUGGUGUCGGCACACCCAACGAGGCCGCGAGUUGUGCCCCUUCUAGCAUAUUUGGCGAUGCUACUAGAGCCAACGAAAGCGACGGAGUCGUCCAUGCCGAAACUCCAGGUAGCGCUGGCACCUUAGAAGAGGAUUACAAUGGUACCAUCGAAAACAAAGUCGAAAUCGGAAAAGAUGACAUAGCUCCAGAGGCUACAAGCGCUCCUUUCGCUACAUCACCACCGAAUCCCUCAGCUUGUGAAUCACCCGUUGGGGACUCGAGCAACAUAAGUAACGAUGCGAAUGUUUAUGGCAAUGAGAGCGUGGGAUCCGAAGUCGUAACGCUGAGCGAGCCAUCUCAGUUCACGACUGGAUCAGUUUCUUCGAAUUCGAAUUCUAAAGAACUUCUAGGAAAUGAUACCACAAAGUCGUCACAGAAAAUUCCUAUCGGCGAGGACCCGGAAAUCUCUGAAAUGGUAGAUAGCUCGUCAAAUCACCGUGAUCGCUCUGAUAAAAUAUGCAGCGACCCUGGUUCGCAGCUUGUACCAGUCAAUAAUGUUGGCGAUGGGACCAAUAUAAAUACCAGCUCGUCGCCCAGGGAAAGUGUCCACGGAGAUAAUCAUGAUCAAACCGAUCUCCCGGUUCCUGAAGCUCGUAUCGAUAGCAUAGAUGAAGGCAGUGUUGAUGGCCCCGCCGGAGCUCAUCCUAACCUUCCGGAGAAUUGCAAUAAUGAGGAAGGUAUCUCAACAGUUGGCGGUAUCGAAAAUCCUCCAAAGGACAACCUCACCGCUAAUGCCACAGAUGGUGAUAUCUCAAAAGCUCAGGGGAAUAACAGCGAUCCCACUACCAGUAGUGAAAAUUUAGUACCCCAUAUUCGCAAAGAGAGCAUUGAUGAAGUUCGGGAACACCCUCUUCAUGAUGACAAUGACGAGAGUGGGUCUGCCGCAAACAGCAUCUGCCCAAAUAAAAAUUCUAGCAAUAUUAGUGCUACGGAAGAAAAUCCUAUUGGAGAAAGAGGUCACUCACCGUCUCUAAAGGAUAAAUCUGCUUCCUUCAAUGACGAUGCUGAAACCAAAGACAAGGAAAUCACUGAACAGGAUGAUACUACUGGUCCAAAGCAAAAUUCUCCUAGUUCAGCCUCUGAUGAAAUUAUUCGAGAAGGCGAAAAUGAGAGAGGUACAGACAAAUCUAGCGAUACCGCCUUAGAUAGGGUCGGCGGCAAUGGUUCUGUUGGUAGUGGUCUAGUCGACGAAAGUCCUUAUACCACUAAUAAUCCUGCCAACGACAAUACCGACAAUAAUAUUAUAACGGAGAGCGCAACCGGACUCUCGCCAGCCCAAGAAAAUGCGUCUAGCUCUACGGAUCCCAAAAUCCUUGAACAAGAGCAUAAGGAAGAAAACUAUAGGUCCGAGGACUGUGUGGACGGGAUCGCUAGCCCGGGGUCUGCUACUUCUAGUUGUACAGAUUUUGAAAAAUUACGAGAACACUCUUCAGAAGGCGAAGACGUUAAUGCGGCUUCAACCAACCCUAGUAGGCCCGGUUUGGAGCAAAGCGCUAGAAGCACUACUAAAGGUCUAGACCCCACAGACGUGGACCACGGCAAAAAGGACCCCGCAGUAGGGGAUAGAAGUGGAGUUAGCCGUAGUGAAGCUGCUACGGAGACCGACAUUCCCCACCAAGGGAACACCAUGAGUUGUUCAGAUCCCAGCCGCGAAGCUAUUGCAAGUGGGCCUGAAAACUCAGAAAGUACUAUCGAAGAAAGUCCUCAAGCAAAACUUACAGAAGAGAGUAAAAGAACCUCUGGUCCAGAUGGUGACAUUAGUGAACCUUCAAGCGAAGAUGAGGUUUCCCCAGAACAAUUCACCCCACGAAGCAAUGCCAUCGACGAUGAUCCCAUAGAGAUCACACCUAACGUUACUAGGACGCAAGUUGAAAAGGCUGGCAGUGAGACAAAAGCCAAAGGCUAUCUAGUAGGAGAUAGCAGCAAUACUCCUAACGAUCGCGAUCCCGAGGCUAGUUAUUCUCGGAGACCUAGCAUUUACUCUAGUCCUAGCCUCUCUCCUAUAAACCCACCUGAGGAAUGCGAAAACAGGACGAAUAUUGAUACUGGGAUCCCUGAGGAGAUUGGAGGCAUAGGAGAAGCCAAUAUUGACAAUGGUGGUAUUCAAGCACCCGAGAAACCUCAAAAUGAUGUCAUUGCCCCUCAACCGGCGGAACUAGAAACUAGUAGUGAUGGUCCCCAGGGAAGUGGAAUUCAGACUAGUUUCUCUGCAAUCCCCUCGCAACCCGAGGCCAGCAAUCAUAGUCCUAAAAUGGAUCAUGUCGAUACCUAUACUCCGCAAAUUUUGACACCUGGCAACCAUGGUCCUGAAAACAACAUGAGUGAUGAUUCCUAUCAAACGUUGCCCCCAAAUAACGAUCCCCUGUAUGACGCAGGAGCAGUCGAUACUGAAGUCGAUACUGAAGUCAAUACUCCUCGAUCGCCAGUCCAGGGAAAUACUAGUGACUAUGACCUUGAGGCGGGCAAUGUCAACAUCGAUGCUUCUAAGCUCUUGGAGCCCGAGACCAGUGGUCAUAUUUGUGGAGGCUGCAUGGAAAAUCACACGGUCCAACCAGGGGCGCCCUCAGCUAGCGAGCUUGAGAAUACGUCUGAAGGAGGCUACACCCUUGAAGAUACACCUCAACCAGAAUCACAGUUCACUCCUGAGGACCACGAUCUUGGGAAAGCAGUUACUCCGCAGCUAAUUGACGAGCCUCAUGAUGACAAAGCCCAGGGAGCUAGAGAUCACACCUAUAAUGAUACCAGUCCUUGUUCCCGGACGUCAGAAAUGAAGGAGCCACUUGAUUCAGAGAAUGACCCUCAACCAAGAACAUCAGCACCAGCAUCAAAGACUACCAGUCAUCAUUCUGAAAGAGAUAACGCUUAUGCAGAAACGCCUCAGACACCGAUAUUUGAUCUCAGUGACCAGGACACUGGAAACCUGGGUGCUGCCACCGGUGAUCCUCAAUCCGUGGUUCCUAAGGAACUCGAUCAUGGUUAUGACUCAGAAAAAAACAAUUCUGACGAUGCCACUGCCGCUGUGGUGUCUAAGAUUGUUGAUAAUGUCGAAAGCCCUCGCACAAAUACUGCCAUUGAUAACGCCCCUCAGUCAAGAUUACCAAUCAAAUCCGAGACCAGCGUCGGUAUUAUUGUAGGGGAUGAUGAUUACAAAAACUCUGGCGCUCCCGAGCUCCCGAUGCCUCACCCUAGCAAUAAUGGUUCUAAAAAUGCCGAUAUUGAUGAUAAUAAUCUUGAUGCUACGGGAUUGGAGACAAACCAUCCUUUUGAGAGACUCGACGGCGAUUCUGGAGCUUCUGAAAUUGUGUCAAUGCCACCUUCCCCAACCGCUAUCCCUGAUCCCGGGAACAGCGGUCAAGGAAAUAGCAGUACGAGUUUCAGUACGUCUCAGCGUGCGGGGCCUGAUAAUACUGACCAUGCUCCUCCACAACUUGACGUCGACUGCGGAGACCCAGAGCCAGGGGCGCCUGGUCAUACCUCUGAAAAACUCGGUACCGGCGCCACUGCUCACCAGCCCGUUGCACCUCAGGUUAGCCAAGAUGCUCCCCAGAAAGAGGGCACCGGUUCCAAUACUCCUCAACUCGCGCCUUUGAUAUUCAACAACCAUGAUUCCGGGAAAUCUGAUGCAGAUACCAAUGAAGUUUCGCCUGCAUUGUCUGGGACCAGUAGUAUCGCUGAAAAUAACGAUAUUAACACCAUUUCUCCUCAAUUGACAGGAACCAAGGCCAAGGAUGCUCCUGGAAAAUCCGAUAAUAGCAGCGGCAUCCCUACGCAGGUGGUUCGCAGUACUGAUGAAGUUUCGAAUGCUCCUAGCGAGUGUGGUGUAAUCGAGCAUUCUGAUCAAUCUGAGGUCGUAGUGUCUAAAGGCAGCCACAAUCAAGAGGAGGGCGGUACUAAUGACAAUUCAUUCCAAAAUACGGUUUCCCAUGGUGGCAAUUGUCCUGAAGAGGUCGAAACUGUUGACAGUGCUCCUCCGCAGCCGUCAUCCAAAGAUAAAAAUACUUUAGCAAAAACGGAAACAAACGACAGUUUCUCAGACCCUGCAGUUCUUACACCUAAACCCACCCUUGGAGGGGUUUAUAGUGAUAGUAAUGACUAUCAGUCUACAGAUACACUAUCUGAAACUGGUAGUUCCCAUGGAGGAUUCGAUCCUAAUGGCAGUGACGAGCCUCCUGCGGGUUCUACGUCUGAGCUCAAGCCUAGGCACACUGCUGAAGUCGUUGGUCUCGAUGAAAACCACCCCCAGCCUAAUGCCUCUCAAAUGGAUGGGAAUGGACCCGAGCAAAAAGAUGUAACCAACACGCCCCAAGGCAGCGAGAACAUAUCUCAGUUGGAACUAAACGGGCCCCCAAUUUUGAGCAUCGCAAGUAGUGGUAACGAAGGAAAUCCUAAUCAAGAAAUCGGCCAACCCGGCGUACUUACAGGACCUUUGAUUACGACAACCUCUCCGCCUCCAAAGAUUCUAGAGGCCCAUGAAACAGCAAGGCCAGCUCUGGGUAGAGAGGAGAGCAAUCCUUCAGACAUUAUAACUCCACAGCCGCGUAACAUGGAACUCGAAAUCCCUAGGGGUGAUCAAGAAGAGGAAGGCUCUGUGACAUUGGCAAUCAGCGGAAACGAACCUCAAAGUCAUAUCAUCCCGGCGAAAGACAAUGUCCCCCAAAUACCCGAAGCUAACGCUAUUGAUGCGAUCGAGAACCCCUCACCAAACAACUUAGAAAAUUCUAGUCAAGAAAAAGACAGUGAUAAUCUUUCGCAUACAAUUCUGCCUCCUCAAGGUAACCUCAAUGAGGGUCCUAUAGGAGAUCCCGUCACGGAUUCGUUUAGCGGCGAUGCCAAUUUAGCCAACGAAAAUCGUGAUAACUGGGAAAGAGUGUGCGAUGGUACCACCAAUACAAUUUCAGACGGUGAUACUGCAUCUCAGAGCACGAUCAAUAGUAGUGCCAAAGCUCCCUAUCAUGAUUCAAGCGGUUUCCUAGAAGAGCGUUCCAAUAAUUCGAAUAAUGGUUCCCCUCCAAAAUCAACCACCACCAUCUUAAAUCCUAGUCUCGUACCCAGCUCUAAUCCUAAGAAAGCCCUAGACAACAUCGAAGCCUCCCCGAAGGAUCUUGAAGGCGGGGAUUUUGAAAACACCACUACUGGUAAGGCAGCUACCAGCAACCCUCAUAACAAUAGCGAAGAGAGCGACGAUAAUGAAGACGAAAUUUUCUUUGUAUCGGAAAAUACAACAGAAGACUUUCCAACAUUUUCUACAGGGACAACAAAUAACCCUGACGGAAAAAUCUCUGAUUCCCUGAAUCGAACUCCUGCUAGCCCUAUAUCUUCUAAGCCAUGUACUUCGAAUCCUGUUCGCACCAACCAAAUAAGCCAGUCCCGCGACCAACCUGCAGAGGCUUCUAGUGCUCAGCUAGGACCUAUGGUCGAAGGCCUUCAACAACCCACCGCUGAAAACACCAAUAAAUUCGAACUAGACUCUAUUAAAAGCCCCUCCCCCGUUGAAGAAAAUUCUACUUCAAACAGCAGUGGCCACGAUAUCGCCCAUCUACGUGAGCCCAAUUCUUCAGAUUUGAACACUGUGGAAUCCUCCGAGCCCCAGAAGCCUGGCGAUGACCCCCCUCUUCCAUCCUCUACAACAAGUAACAGCGAGGAAUCAAGUGCCGACCAAUCUAAUGGGCCCUCUAUUAGUUUCUCUGAGCAAAACAACCCCAAUCUUGCACGCCAACCUUCACUCGAGCCACUCUCUCAAACAUCUGGUCCAACACCGCCCAUUCCUGCCAGCGUUGAAAUCGGGUCCAACCGUGAGCUACUCCCUAUAACACAAACGACUGGGGGUGAUAGUGAAUCUAUCAAAUUCUCUGAAGCGACCCGUGGAGAUCCUUCUGAGCAGUGCUUCAUUAUAGAAAAUGGUUCUGUUGAUGAAAAUAUUGCUCCGGUCAACCUUGAACCUAGCGAUACUCAGCCACUUCAAAGUCCUGCCAAUAAAGAUAGCGCAGAGAAUACACGGGCUGUUCAGAUAAUACCCACUACUCCAGUGACAGCAAGUGAUGCGAUUCAUGAUUACCCAGGACCCCAAUCGCAAGAAGCUAUCAACACUGAAGAUCCAAGUGACAGAACAAACGAGAAAUCUACGAUGCCGAUAAGGCCCGAAAAUUCCCCGCCCAACAACACCACCACCACGAUGGAGGAGCAUGUUUCAGACUGUAAUAAAGGCCUACCCGAGGAAGAGGCACCAGAUACCGAAGCUUUAUCACCAUCCCCCCUCUUCAGUAACUUUCCAAACGUUCCUUCAAGGAGACUUAUGGGGCCAGAAAGUUCAAGUGAUCCUGUCCAUCACAAAGGGUCAGACCCUAAAAAAGUAGUUAAUAGUCUCGAUGUGGACACACCGUUGAUGUUUCAUCCAAAUUCUCCCUUUUCCACACAGUCUAGUGACCCUCAGGGCUCAUCCGCCCAAGAUUCCACUGAAGACAUUUCAGGCGAUUCCACAAAGUCUGGAGCCACAGUAGUAGGGCUAGGGGUUAGCUUACCUCAAAAUACCACUACCGAUAAUAAUCAUGGCCAUUCGACCCCUGAGGCUGCCACUAAUUGUGAGAGCAGCUUGAGCGGUGGUAAUUUAGAUACCGUUGGUGCUUCACCAUCGCGGCUGAACAAUACCACUAUAGUAGCAACUACAGCAGCCUCGGAAAAUGCAACUAUACUACAAAUUGCGGGCCCAGUAAAAAUCGAUGUCAUUCCGGCGGGAACUACGGCUUCAAAAAGUACAAUAGUAGUACCAUCAACGACAAGCUCGCCUUUGAACGGUAUGAAUAUAGAGCUAGUUGCACUGACUCCUGAGGCUAAAAGUAUCCCACAACCAACCUCAAACCUACUAUCGAGCGGUAACCCUGCAACGGUAGCUGGAAUACCAUCAGAUAGCACAAGGGCUCUGUUACCAGGAGCAAACCCAUCAUCGGGCAAUGCCGCUGCACCAGAAACCCCUGUAGCCCAAAAUAGAGCACUUACCUCACCAUCAACCACAGGUCAACCAUUAAGCAGUGCAGAUGAGGCAAUAGCUAAAGUACCAGCGAGCAAUAUUGUUGUAACGGAAACAGUGGUACCCUCAAAUGGUACAAGUAGUUCAUCGAUCACGAACUCACUAUCGGGUGGUAGCCCCGUGGGGGUGAUUGGAAAUGCUUUACCGCCGCCAGCAAACACGCCAUCGAACGGUGUCGCUGCACCAGAAAUUGCAGUGAACCCAAAUGGUACAGAUGCUUCACCAUCAACUACAGGCUCACUAUUCAGCAGUACACCUGUGGCAAUAACCAAAAUACCAUCGAAUGGCACCUCCGCAACAGAAACCGGAGCAACUGGUACAAAUACUUCGUCGCCGGUCACAAACCCACUACCGAGUAAUACCCUUGCAACAGCAACUGGAGCUCCACUUAACAACGUUACUACAGCCGGGAAUUCAGUACCCUCAAAUAAUACGAGGACUUCACUAUCGAUCACAAUCCCGCAAUCAAACAGUGCACCUGCGCCGACGGCUGGAUCAUCCCCAGAUAAGACAAGUGCUUCACCGUCAGCUGUAAAUGUAGAACAAAACAAUGCUUCUCCAACGGCAACUACAACGGCUCCAAGCGGUACAAAUGCUUCACCGUCAAUCCGAAAUUCGCUGUCAAAUGGUCUCAUUGUAGCAAAGGCUAGUGUAACUUCAGCUGCGUCCUCCAUUAAAAAUUGGUUCUUCUCAACUUCUACUCCAGCCAAUAGCGGUAACCCCCGUGGUACCCAGUCAGACAUCCGUGAGACCAGUCAAAACGGAAAUUCUCACGAUGCUGAAUCUAGUGCCGCAAGUACUUCUGAUUGGGAACUCGUAGACUUCAAGGAGGAAUCCGGAUACAUUUACUCUGUCGGGGUCUCCACCGGUUUCCAAAUAUCAUACUACGAUAUCAUAUCUUUAAAUGGUAACGUGACUCAAGCUUAUCCUUGA